AAAAUUACAACGACAAUGCCACCAGCAGCGUUGCAUUAAACAAACGAAAAAAAGAGAGGAGAGGACGGAUCUGCUCAUCAAAAAAGAAGAAGAAGAAGAAGAAGAAGAGGACAGAUCAGAUCUAGGAUUAGUAAUAGCGGAUCAGGGCAACACUACCAUGGGCUCCAGAUGGUCUCUCCAGGACACGACGGCUCUUGUCACUGGUGGCACUCGUGGAAUCGGGCAUGCUGUGGUGGAGGAUUUGGCCCAGUUUGGGGCCACCGUCUACACCUGCUCUAGGACCGAAGCGGAUCUUAACAAACGCUUAAAGGAGUGGCAGGACAGGGGCUUUAAGAUUUAUGGGUCGGUAUGUGAUGUGUCUUCUCCAACCCAAAGGCAGCAGCUCAUUCAACAAGUCGCUUCGAAAUUCAACGGCAGCUUGAACAUUCUUGUAAACAAUGUUGGAGUGAAUGUGAGGAAGCCAACAAGCGAGUAUACUUCCGAAGAUUAUUCGAUGAUGAUGACUACCAACUUGGAAUCUGCAUACCAUCUGUGCCAACUCGCAUAUUCUUCCCUAAAAGCAUCUGGAAAUGGAAGCAUUGUGUUCAUUUCCUCUCUUGCGGGUCUGACAAGUCUAGGUACUGGAACCAUCUAUGCAGCUGCUAAAGCUGCAAUCAAUCAGCUUACCAAAAACCUUGCUUGUGAAUGGGCAAAAGACAAUAUAAGGAGCAACUGCGUUGCACCCUGGUGUACAAAAACACCACUUGUGGCACACUUGAUUGAAGACAAGAAGUUUGUGAAUGAAGUACUAAGCCGAACGCCUAUAAAGCGAAUGGCAGAAGCACAGGACGUGUCAUCCUUGGUGGUUUUCCUUUGCCUGCCUGCUGCCUCCUACAUCAAUGGACAGGUUAUUGCUGUUGACGGAGGGAUGACAGUCAAUUCUUUUCAAUUCAACAUGAAAUCAGCUUAAGCACUUUUUUCUUUUUUCUUUUUUUUGGGUGAACAGAAUUGCACUUUAUCCUCGUUUUUAAGAUAUAGAAAAAUCCCUCUAUUCUUCAAGGCAAGGUGGGGGGGGGGGUUGAGCGAGGUUAAUUUAUAUGCUAAAUCUUGACUUUCAUUUAUAUGUCCAAAGAACAUGAGAAUAAUUUAUUGCAUUGAAGAGGUCAAAUCGUGAUGAAGUUUUGGAGAGGCGUGGAAUGUAUUUUCCUCAUAUCUGCUUUUGUCCUUUGAUUGUAAGUUGCAUUAUAAUUCAUCGAGUGGUUGGUAGAAAGGAGGAAAGGGGAUGUUGGAGGAGGAAA